AUGUCUUCUUGCUCUCUCACUCUCUUUCUUCACCCUCCUCCUCCUCCUCCUCCUCCUCCUCCUCUUCUUUCACUUCCAUUUGCCCCCAAAAAACCCCACCAAUGUUACUCUCUCUCUCCACUUUCCCGCACUUUCAAAUCCUUCAAAUCUCCCCACGUCAUCUGCUUCUCUUCAAAUUCUUCCUCUUCCCAAAACGACCGCGAGGAGUCCCGCUGGCUCCGCGAAGAGCAGCGAUGGCUCCGCGAGGAGCAACGCUGGCUCCGAGAAGAACAGCGCUGGGCCCGUGAACGCGACUCGCUCCUGCGAGAAAUCGCCGAGCUCAAGCUCAAAAUUCAGGCCCUAGAGCAUCGCCAAGAAGGAGGAGGGGCUUCCGUGUCGGAGUCCGAGGCCAUCGCCAACAUCGCCGGCUUGUUGCAGAUUUUGACGGAGAAAAAUCGGAUAGCUGAGACAGGGUCGAGUUCCAGAGCCAUAGAAUUGGACCAUAUUCAGGAGGAGAUUCAGGAAGUGUCUGCCGUUCCGGAAGUGAAGGAGAAGAAGAAGAGCAGAAAUGCUUUGAGGAAGGGGUCGGAAGGUGAAGAGGUCCGAGCUAUGCAGGAAGCAUUGCAAAAACUAGGAUUUUACUCGGGUGAGGAAGACAUGGAGUUUUCCAGCUUCUCAAUCGGGACCGAACGUGCUGUCAAGACUUGGCAAGCUUCCUUAGACGCCCCCCAAGAUGGCAUAGCGACUGCAGAACUUCUUGAACAAUUAUAUACGUUGGCACAAAUUGAGGGUGGUCUGGAUAACAAAGGGAGUACUCUGACUGCUACACAAACGGAAGAUACAAAUGGAGCUGCAGUUACUUCUGUAACAGAAAUUUCAGAGGUCCAGCAAACACUUGUGAAAGAAGGUGUUACAGAAGUAGAGGUAUCUGAGCAUCGUGUUUUUCUUCUAGGAGAGAACCGCUGGGAAGAUUCUUCUAGACUUAGCAGGAACCAAAAAAAAGGAGGUGAAAGCAAGACAAUGAAUACCACAACAAGGUGUCUUACUUGUCGAGGGGAGGGUCGCUUAUUGUGCACAGAAUGUGAUGGAACAGGCGAGCCAAACAUUGAAGAACAGUUCUUGGAUUGGGUGGAAGAGGGAGCAAAGUGUCCAUAUUGUGAAGGUCAUGGGUUUACAAUUUGCGACGUAUGUGAAGGGGCAACAGUAGCUUAG